GUAAGUUUGCUUAUUUGGAGAACUGGAGUUACAUACAGAUUUAGCACAUUAAAUCUCCUUGCUGUCGCCACAUAAUGUAAUCAAAUGAGUACCAUGGGGCUUGUUUACAUCUAAAACUAAGUCCGACAAUAGGAUGACUGAGCAUGGAGACACCAUCGUUCCAUUUAACCCCACAGAACUUAGUUCAGGAGAACCAGCUUGCAAAACAGAUCUCACUAUUGUAAGUCUAGACCAGAGAAAAGAGAAGAGCAACCAAGAGGAGCUCAGAAAUGCCAAGAAGCCAUAUGAUGGACCCACUCAUCAGAAUGAACACAAUGACACUAAGCUUAGUCCAUAUCAACCACAGCCUCCCUCUCUUCCAAAGCCUGUGGGAUUGGGAAUUGGGGGUAAAAACAUCUCAUUUGAUGAGAAGGUGAGGGGGAGAAGAUUGAGAAACAGCCAAGAGAGUCUCACAGACCAAGGUGAGACUGGCUCCUCCACCGAUUCUCUUAAAGAAGAUGCCUCAGCUCUAGUGUCAAGCAGUCCAUUGAGUUUCAAGAAUGGACAGAGUCUUUCAUCAGGAUGUUCACUCAACAUCCAACCCAUUGAGAUGCCACCAUUCAGGAACUUGACAGGAAGUUUCUCUGAGACAGAACAUUCCCAACAAGAUCAUUGUGAUCUCAACAAAGAGCGUUUGAGACCGUCCAAAAUAAUUCUUUCUCCACUGCAGGCCACGGGCACGUAUCCUCCUCUAGAGCACAGUGCAGCCUCCUCGUCCUUAAGGACAUCUAAUCGGAUUGACAGGGAUUGUUUGGAUUACAGUGUGGUGGGGAGAAGAGGGCGGUCAGAGAGGCUUCAGAGGAAUCUGAGCGAUAGUCGUCUGUUGGAGACCAUGGUUUCAGACAGCACCUCUGUUCACUCCAUGAAGUCCACCUAUAGUGUACUGAAUCCUAUCAGACCCAGGGAUGUGAGAAACAGAAGCUUUCUGGAGGGCAGUGUUCUGGGAAAUGGUGCCUUGCUGGGGGCGGAAGAGCUCGACCGCUACUUCCCAGAGAGACAACUUGGUAUUUACAUUGCCACAUGGAACAUGCAGGGAGAGAAGGGUCUUCCAUACAACCUAGAUGAUCUGCUGCUUCCAACCGAUACAGACUUUGCACAGGAUGUCUAUGUUAUUGGAGUUCAGGAAGGUUGCCCAGACAGGAGGGAGUGGGAGAUCCGUCUGCAAGAAACUCUCGGGCCGUAUUACGUCAUGCUGUAUGCAGCAGCACAUGGAGUUCUCUAUCUCACUGUAUUUGUCCGAAGGGACCUCAUAUGGUUCUGUUCAGAAGUGGAACAUGCCACUGUAACCACCCGAAUUAUAUCUCAGAUUAAAACUAAAGGAGCUGUGGGUGUUGGCUUUACUUUCUUUGGGACAUCCUUCCUCUUCAUCACAUCCCAUUUCACCUCCGGAGAUUCUAAAGUAUAUGAGAGGAUCUUAGACUACAACAAGAUCGUAGAAGCUUUGGCUCUCCCUAGAAACCUUCCUGAUACCAACCCUUACCGCUCUACAAACUCUGAUGUCACAACCCGUUUUGAUGAAGUCUUCUGGUUUGGAGACUUUAACUUUCGCCUGAAUAAAGCCAGAGGAGGGGUGGAGGAAAUUUUGAAUCAGGUUGUAGGUGCAGAUAUGAGCCCACUGUUACAGCAUGACCAGCUGUCUAAAGAGAUGAAGGAAGGUUCCAUUUUCAAAGGGUUUCAGGAAGCAACAAUUCACUUUCCUCCUACAUACAAGUUUGACAUUGGUUGUGAUGUCUAUGACACCACCACAAAGCAGAGAACGCCCUCAUAUACUGACCGGAUCAUUUAUCGAAACAGACAAGCAGAUGAUAUUAAAGUAGUAAAGUAUACUUCUUGCUCAUCUAUUAAGACGUCUGAUCACCGACCUGUCAUUGGCAUGUUUCUGGUCAAAAUUCGUCCUGGUAGAGAUAACAUUCCUUUGGGUGCUGGGCUGUUUGACAGGAGUCUGUACCUAGAAGGAAUCAGAAGAAGAAUUUCCAGGGAGCUGAAGAAGAGAGAGGCAGUCAUGAAAAACCAGAAUAAUAGCACAGUUUGCACCAUAUCCUGAUCCGGGACCAGUGCAAAUGAGCCAUAGGGUGCUAAAACUGUUCUUUUUAAAUACUGAGGUACUGACUUGGAAGGCUGGACUUUCAGGAACAAAGUAUAACUCAGUCCUAUGGGUGUCAUGGCUCUUAUCUGCCUCUAUUGAAGUGCAUCUUGAAGCAUCAGUGCACAGUCCAUGGACCAAAAGAAAAUGCUGUGGCUGGACCCUGAAGUUUAGCAGCUGGUUUUGGAACUAUAUAAUGUUGUUUGACAAAACAGAAUACUCUUUAUGGAUCUAUAAAUUAUACUGACCAGAGUAAAUUAAGUGAACUUAAUACACUUGUCUGCACUGUACUGUAAAUCCAUUAUUCCUUUCUCUUUUGUAUUAUUAUGUAUUUAACUUAAAGGGAAUAUUCACCCAAAAAUGAAAAUUCUGCCAUCAUUUACUUAAAGGAGAAAAUAGGACAUUGUAGGAUAAAUUACAGCUUUGGUAACCCUUUACUUCCAUUGAAUGGGAAAAAGAUUAUAUGAAACUGAAUGGUGACUGAGACUACUGCCUUUUUGUUUCAUGGAAAAAAGAAAUUCAGAAGUUUUAAAACAAUAUAAGAGGAAGUAAAUGAUGACAGAAUAAUUCCAGGUUGAACUGUCUCUUUAACUGUAAGCCAACACAGUCUGUUCUGCAUCUGGGUUUAAUUGAUAAGUUGAUAACAUUACUGUAAGCACCUCAUUACCAGAACCAUGUUGCUGAUUUUGUUCAUUUUGAUUGGCUCCUGGGUCUCAUUUUGGAACAGUUACCUAAUGUGCUUCACAGUGAUAUUUCCCUUAAAAAGGGAAUUGUACUGUAGCAUUAUUAGCAGCAAAAUAUGGCAGAAGCUGUGUUUGCAUCUGUUUUUACUGAUUGUCAUUGAUAUAGGUGAAUGUGGUCUUGUGGUUAGAAGCUUAAAUUGGGAGGCACAGACUAUACUUGAGAUUAUUGCCUUAACAUAAUUUAAUAUAAUUAAUUUUAAUUGAUGUCAAUUGUAAUUUACAUAUGGGAGUGGGAAUUACAAUAGUAUUGGUAUUGCUUGUGCAUGGAUCUCCGUAACAGUGGUGUAAAAGUGAGUCAUGCAUUCACAUAACAAAUUUCAGUUCUACUUGUAAUGAAAGUGCCUGCGAUCUUGCUCAUGAUUGCCUCAGUGACUUAAAAAACAUUAUGCUGUUUAAAACCAAAUAGUAGCAUGUAACAGAUAUGUUUACAAUGUGAAGUAAUACAAAAAUUCUGA